AUGCAAAUAGUAAACGAUUUUGAAGAAUUAGUUAAUAUAAAAAAUGAUAAAGCGGGCAUAUACAAUUUAUUAAAAUUAAUUUUCUAAAUAUUAUAUAUAGCACAUAUUUGUGGCUGUUUUUUUUAUUUUAUUCAUGUAAUAUAGAAAAACACAGACCCAAAUACGGAAACCUGGAUUACGAAAUUUAAAUAAGAAAACCUUAGUAUUUUCUCACAAUAUGUAACAUCAGUUUAUUGGGCAGUAGUCACUAUGAGUACUUUGGGUUUUGGAGAUAUAUACCCGGUGAGCACUUUUGAGAGAAUCUAUGUUAUUUUUGUCACUUUUAUAGCUUGUGGGGUAUUUGCAUAUACUUUUAAUAAGAUAGGGAAUAUUUUCCAAGAAAUGAGCAUAAAAGCCAACGAUUUUAAAGAAAAAAUGAGUUCUUUAAGUAUUCAUAUGAAAAAGAGGAAUUUGUCAAAUAAUACACAGAUUAAGGUUAGGAAAUACUACGAGUAUUUGCAUAUGGAAUAAUAGGUAGAUAUAGAGGAUGGACAAAAGUUCUUGAAUUUGUGCCCGAGUUCGCUAAGGAAAGAGGUUUUGAUGGAAAUGUAUGGGAAGUUGUUGUUAUCAAAGAAAGAGUUUAGGCUUAAUUUUUCGAAGAAAUUCCUGAAUUGUUUGGCUGUAAAGAUUAGAGAGAAGAAAUUAGGACCAGAAGAGGUCAUAUUUAACGAAAAUGAGUUUAAUAAUAGGGUUUUUUUUGUACUAAAGGGAAAAAUUGCAUUAUAGAAAAAUAUGUAAGUGGAAAAUAAUGUAGAAUUAAAUGUAAAAAUAUUAGAUAAAGGGGAUAUUUUUGGUUUAGAAAGUUUUAUUUCUUAAAGUGAAGCUUAAAUAAGUGCAAAAACGAUAAACGUAGUAUAAUUAGCCUAUUUAAAAUAAGAAGAUUUCAUAAAAAUAAUUGAAGACUUUCCUGAAGACAAAGAAAGAUAUUUUAUGCUAAAAGAUAAACUAAAUUUAUUAAAAAACUCAAGGGGUUUAGGCAUUAAUUGUUAUUUAUGUGAUAAUUAUUAACAUUAGUUUUUUAAAUGCCCUUAUAUGAGUUAUUAACCGAAUACUAAGAAGAUUAUAAUGUAAUUUUUUAAAGAGUAAUAGUAGUAUAGGGAUAUAAAAUAUUUAAGAAAAAGGGUAAGGAGUUAAUGUACUUUUUAGGAUAUGUUAAUUAUUUAAGGUUAGGCAAUUAAGUAUUUAUUAAAUAAUAAUCCAUUUGAUAAUAUAAAUGACUUAAUGGAUUUAAUUUAAAACUUAGAGGAUGAAAAGGCAAUAAUUUUAAAUACACCAUUGAUUAUUAAUUAAAUUGUAAAAGAGCCUUAGCAUUUUGAUGAUAGUGAAAAUGAAUAAGGAACUUAAACAGAUGAAAGUGUAAGGUAUAAGAAAGAUAGUAAAUAUAUAAGAAAUAGUGUUUCUCAAAGCGAUUAUAUAAAUAAAAUUGGUAAUUACUAUAAUAAAUAAUAUUCUAAAUAGAAUUCAUUUAAAAAAAAACUUAAUUUACUAAUAUGGAUCAGGUAUAUAUAUAUAAAAACAUAAGUAAUAAUAUAAAUAAUAACAAUAAUAAUAAUAGUACUAAUAAUAGUAAUAGUAACAAUAAUAUUAAUAACAAAAAUAACAUUAAUAACAAUAAUAUAAUUAAUAAUAAUAUAGAUAAUAAUAUCAUAAAUAACAAUAAUAUGA